UAGACCGGCCCCACCGAGUGCCCGAAACCGUAGCAGGAGUUCAACCUUCGCAGUUCGCACUCUCUCCUUCUCCCAAUUCCCUCUCUUUAAUUCUGCGUCUCAUUCGAAUCAAUGAAAUGAAAAGUGAAUUCAGCGGUGAGCGAUAAACACAUCAACAUGCGAGGGCAUGAUCGGAUCAACACGUUCCUCCCGGACGAGCUGAUCCUGGAGGUGUUUACGCACUUGGAUUCCAAGGCCAGCAGGGACUCCUGUUCCCUGGUGUGUAAGCGGUGGCUGGCACUCGAGCGUCUCAGCCGGACCACCCUCCGAAUCGGUGCCUCGGGGACACCCGAUAUCUUCCUCAGGCUCCUUGCCCGCCGAUUUCUUUGUGUUAAGGCCAUCCACAUCGACGAACACCUCUCUGUUUCUCUCCCUGUUCAGCCCAGAAGAAGACGUGGUAGUGAUAGAUCUACACUUCCAUAUCAUAAGCUGCAUUAUUUUGGUGAAAAAAGUGGAUAUGAAGACAGUGAGACUGAACCCUACUUUCUUUCUGAUGCUGCAUUGAGUUCUAUUGGCGAAGAGUUUCCACAACUGGAAAGGUUAAGCUUAAUCUGGUGCUCCAAUGUAUCGUGUUCGGGUUUAACUUCCCUAGCUUCUAGUUGUGAUUCCUUGAAAUCCCUGGAUUUACAGGGUUGCUAUGUUGGUGAUCAAGGUCUCUCUGCUGUUGGAAAGUAUUGUAAACUACUUGAAGAUUUGAACUUGCGGUUUUGUGAAGGCUUGACUGACUUGGGUUUGGUUGAAUUAGCCCAAGGCUGUCGGAAGUCACUAAAAUCUCUUGGUGUUGCUGCUUGUGCAAAAAUAACUGAUGUAUCACUGGAAUCGGUCGGAGCUCAUUGCAAGUCUCUUGAGACCUUAUCAUUGGAUUCAGAAUUCAUGCACAACAAAGGGGUCGUUGCUGUGGCCCAAGGAUGCCCUGCAUUGAAAAUUUUGAAGCUUCGAUGCGUCAAUGUUACAGAUGAAGCUUUGAUGACUGUGGGCACAUCAUGUUUAUCACUAGAGCUACUGGCUUUGUACAGUUUCCAGCAAUUUACUGACAACUUGAUCUGGCCUGUUUCCCUGGGCAGGGGUUUACAUGCUGUUGGGAAGGGGUGUAAGAAGUUGAAAAACCUUACCUUAAGUGAUUGCUAUUUCCUGACUGACAACGGAUUGGAAGCAAUUGCAACUGGUUGUGCAGAACUUACACAUCUUGAAGUAAAUGGCUGUCACAAUAUUGGAACUUUGGGAUUGGAGUCCAUUGGAAGAUCUUGCCGGUGCCUUACAGAGUUGACAUUAUCAUAUUGCCAAAAGAUUGGUAAUAAUGCUCUUCAGGAAGUUGGAAGAGGCUGUAAAUUCUUGCAAGCUCUCUAUUUGGUUGAUUGCUCUGGGGUUGGAGAUGAUGCCAUUUGCAGUAUAACUAGUGGUUGCAGGAACUUGAAGAAGCUUCAUAUUCGUCGAUGUUACGGGAUUGGAAACAAGGGAAUCAUAGCUGUUGGUGAGUUUUGUAAGUCUCUUACGGAUCUUAGCCUUCGGUUUUGUAAUAGGGUAGGGGAUGAUGCCCUUAUUGCCAUCGGCCAGGGGUGUUCCUUAAAACAUCUAAAUGUAAGUCGCUGUCACCAGAUUGGUGAUGCUGGAAUAAUAGCUAUUGCUAGAGGAUGCCCUGAACUCACUUACCUUGAUGUAAGCGUCCUUCAGAAGUUGGGUGAUAUGGCAAUGGCUGAGCUAGGAGAAGGCUGCCCAUCACUGAAGGAAAUAGUUUUGUCACACUGCCGUCAGAUUACGGAUGUUGGUCUUGCUCAUCUUGUGAGAAAUUGCACCAUGCUGGAGACCUGCAACAUGUUUUAUUGUCCAAAUGUAACUUCAGCUGGAGUUGCCACUGUAGUCUCUGGUUGCACAAGCAUUAAAAAGGUUAUGGUUGAGAAGUGGAAGGUUAGCCAGAGGACCAAAAGGAGAGCAGGCUCCAUUAUUUCCGACCACUGCAUAGACCUCUAGGUCCGCAUCAUAGGGCGGCGAUGCCUUUGCACUUUCAUGUAUAAGAUUAUCUUGUUAUACAUGUAUUAAGAGAGCAAAAAGAUAGGAGAAAUGUGCUGGAGUACUCUCGAAAGACUGCACCAUAGUGAGAGUUCGAAGCUGAACCUGCAGACAGUGUUUUAAGUUCCAGUUCUUGUUGGCCGGUCGUACCGGUUAUGCCAGAUACCGGAGGGCCUCUCCAGUAGGUUUACUUUUUAUGCCGUCUAUUUACCGGACUAGUCAAAACUGGUAUAAACCGGCGGUUUGCCGAUCUAAGUACUGGUUGGCAUAUAAUUUUUUUUCAUCUCCUUC